AUGCAUUCGUUUUUUACCACCUCCGCAGCUCUGCUGCUUGCCGCAGCUAUGCCCAUGGCAUCUGCCCAGACCUACACCACCUGCAAUCCCCUCACAACUACCUGCCCCGCCGACCCUGGAAUGGGCGCCACCCUCCAGACCGACUUCACUGCCGGCGCUUCUAAGGACUGGACUGUCGCUGCGGGCUCCGUGAGCUACAGUAGCAAGGGUGCCGCGCUCACCGUUUCCAAGGAGGGCGAUGCUCCUACUAUCGACACCGUCGGCUACUUCUUUUUCGGUACCGCCGAGGUCACAUUGCAGGCUGCUCCUGGUACUGGUAUUGUCAGCUCUAUCGUGCUCGAGUCCGAUGACUUGGACGAGGUCGACUGGGAAGCCCUCGGUGGUGAUACCACCCAGAUCCAAACCAACUACUUUGGCAAGGGUUACACCGGUAGCUUCGACCGUGGCACGUACGUCGGAGUCAGCAGCCCCCAGACGACUUUCCACACCUACACCGUCAACUGGCAACGUGACAGCAUCCAGUGGUUGAUUGACGGAAACGUUGUUCGCACCUUGACUGCUGCUCAGGCUGGCGACCACUUCCCUCAGACUCCUAUGCGUCUCCGUAUCGGUAUCUGGGCUGGUGGUGACCCAAAGAACGCCCCUGGUACCAUUCAGUGGGCUGGUGGUCAGACCGACUACUCCGCUGGACCCUACACCAUGUACGUGAAGACGGUCAAGAUCACCAACGCCAACCCUGGAUCUUCCUACACCUACGGCGACAACAGUGGUUCGGCCGGAAGCAUCAAGAUUGACGGUGCCUCCGCUCCUGCCGGCACCACCUCCGCUGCUCCUACGUCCACUCACGGCUCGACCUCUUCGUCCUCGUCGACCUCGUCAUCAUCUUCGUCCACCCACACUUCUACCGGCUCAGCUUCCAGCACCGGUGCUGGUACCACCAGCGCACCCUCCAGCACCAUCGGCUCCACCAAGUCCACCGCUCCAUCGAGCACCUUUUCUUCCAUUGCUUCCAGCGACCCCAGCGCCGUCACCAACCCUAUUUCCGGCAUUACUUCCAGCAACUCCACUCUUCCAGCUAGCAACUCUACUACUCCUAGCGGUAGCAGAACUCCCUCUCCUACCCCCAGCCCUACCAUUGCCCCCAAGGCCGGUAGCGCCUCUCAAACCAGCAUGACCAGCUCUGUGGUUGCCCUGUACUGCUUCCUCUUCGCCAUUGUCGCUUACGUCUUGUAA